AUGCCUCCAGCGCCUGGCGACCUACCUAAUUUGAAGGCUACCUUAAGACAAGUCGGCUCCAACGGCAACUCAAAUACCCAGUUGUACGACGUCCAAUUUUACCCAUAUACUGCGCCUGGGAAAGACCCUGUCUUUGCUGUCGCUGGCGGACCCCACAUAUUUAUCUGCCGCCCCGUGAGAGGGAAGCUCGGAGGCAUUGAGAUCAUACGCGAGUUCAAGGAUGAAGCGGACAUAGCCUUGAGUAGCAUUGCUUGGUCCCAGGAUUCUAGGACCGGAGACGCAUUGAUUUGCGCUGGUGGAGAUCGUCCUCGUUGCAUCAAAAUCUUCAAUGUCCGGACCGGGAAGCUUGUGCGACAACUAAAAGGACACGGUGAGGGGAUCAACUGUCUUGUGACCUCACCCAUAUCGCCUCAUAUCCUUGCCUCGGCUGCUGAUGACCAUGCCAUAAGGCUAUGGAACUUGGAGCCAGAGUACAAGAAGCAACCCUGCUCAGCCAUAAUGAGCGGCAAAGAAGGCCAUAGACAGGGAAUUUUAAGCAUCUGUUUUCACCACUCAGGUAAAUACCUUGUGUCUGGUUCCUUGGACACCUCGAUCAAGCUUUGGGUUGUUCCUAAACUUCCUGAUGAAAACACGGGGAGUGAUAAAGUGAACAUUAUACACUACCCUCACUUUUCCUCGACCGAGAUCCACACUGAUUAUGUGGACUGCAUCCGCUUUUACGGGGACCUUAUCAUCUCCAAGUCUGCCAAGGAGAAUCAAAUUUUACUUUGGAAAAUCGAUGGCUUCAACAGCUCCUCUCCUCCACCGCCUAUCUCAAUGUCCGCACAGAAUGCUCCGAUGAACCCAAGCAAUACAGCAGAAGAUAGUACGGCACACGGCAGCACGUACUCUGCCUUUGGAACGCGGUUCCAGCGGCUCUUAACAUUUGCUCUUCCGUUUACACAGCUCUUCUACAUGAGAUUCGGCCUUUUCCAUAUGCCUGAUAAGCACCCGAUAUUGGUUGCUGGCAACGAAAAGAGUAGGCUGUUCUGGUGGGAUCUCCAAAGACUCGAGGAGGCCAGCGCAGAACCCCACAAAGAUGAUGGUCAUGGCAGUGGCACCCGCAAGCGCAAGCGGGUAGACCACUCCGGUCCAGGACUAGGCCUCGGUCGAGACAACGCCAACCGUGAGAGCAGCAUAACGUCCAACGCAUCAUCCAGCGGCGCGGUAUCAUCAUCAGCCCCGUCAAACCACUCGGGCGAACGGGAUAAGAGGUUUGACAUCUCGAACCCGUUCCAACUGAUACCAGCGCACAAACAGAUAGUCGUCCCAAAGGUGACGUUUGCGACUAGGCAGGUGGCGUGGAGCACCGGCGGAGAAUGGGCAGUUGCAGUCGGGGACCACGGGAUGGUGUGCCUCUUCGGGAGGUGGGAAUAG